CUGUUUCUACACCAUGGACCGGCGAAAGAAGGUGGUGCGCGAGUUGAAAGGGCUACCCAAAUGCGACCUGACAGGUUUCCCACAACACCUGGGCGAGGACCGUUGGUGGAACCAAGUGGUGGUGCGGUUGCACGCCCCAAGAAAAAAUGGCUGCCACCACUGCCACCGCCUCACGGAUCACCGGUUAUCGGUGAGUAAAAAUGUGUUUUGAAUCUUCUUCUUCUCAUGACCUUGACUUUGAGAAUUUUUUUUUCUGAGUUUCAGAUUGGCAUGAUGGUGGAAAUGGCGCGUCAACCCCCCAAUCUCGACCGCCUGAUGAACGAGGGCAUUGCGUUUGUCAUUGACACGUUCAAGCAUCGGAUCCCCAAGUGUCCCACUGGACAACGCCCCGUCAUGAUUGGCAGGAGGAAGGCCUCGUACGAUAAGGUGGACAAAGUGAUGAAACGCUUGGACUUGAUCAUGAAU